AUACAUUUUUAUAUAAGAUGUAGUAGCAGCCUGAGUUUGAUAUGAAGGAGAUAGAAGAAGUGAUCAAAAAGAAGUGCAAGGAGAGAGAGGACGAAAUUUCAAAGCAAGUCAAUGAAGAAUUAACCAAAUACAAAACAGAGUGUGAAAAAUACAUAGAGACAAUACAAAAAGAGCAUGAAAGAAUACAAAAGGAAUAUGGGUAAGACUAAGAAAAAUUUAAUAAAUAAUUAAAGGAGAAGAUCAACUAAGUUAAGGCUCUUGUUGAUAAUGAAAAGAAUAACACUAAAAAAUUGAUAGCCAAUGCUCAAUAGAAAGUUGUUGAAAUUACACAAAGCUCAUUUGAUAAUUUAGUUUAAGUGAAGGAUUAGGAAAUAGAAAACUUAAAGAAAGAACAAUAAAAGUUGUAAAGCUAAAUUGAACAAUUAGAGAAGGAAAGGUAAGAACAUAAUGCUUAAAUUGAACAAUAAAAUUUAGAUAAAGUAAAGUUAAAGAAGGAUUUUGAUAAUUUAACAAUUGAUUUUAAAAAAAUAUCCGAAUAGAAACAGUUAGAGGCUUAAGAGGAAAUAAAGAAAAACGUCAGAUUAAUCUAAGAAGACUAUUAAAAGAUGAACUAAAAACAAAUAUAAGAGCAUGAAAGGGAAAUGGAAACAUUUAAAUAUUCCUUACAAAAGACCAUUAAUAAACUUAUGGAAGAAAACAAUAAAUUAUAAACAUAAUUAACCCAUGCUGAAAUUGAAAAAAUAUAAAUGAAUUAAUCAUAGUAGACUUUAUCAGAAUGUAAAUAAUGUAUCCAAGAUUUAUCAAAUUCCAAUAUUGACAAGGAAUCUUAUGAAUUGCUGUAAAAUACUAUUAAAGAAUAUGAAUAAUCAGUUCAAGAGAUGGAGACUGAAAGAAUAUUGUUUUUGUCUACUAAAUCUUAAUUAUCUGAAAAGGAAUAAGAAAAACAAUAGAUGGAAAAAAAAUUGGAAUCAAAAUAGCAAGGAAUAGAAAAAUUAAAAGCAAGAAAUGAAAUUUGUGAAUCCAAAUUAAAAGCAUGUUAAGACCAAAUUUUGAAAUUACAGAUAUAACUUAAGGAAAAGUCAGAACUAGAGGAUAAAGCCAAAGAAGUUUAGUAAAAGUAUUAGCAAUAGCUUUUAAAGUUGAAAGAAAAUUUUGAUAAACAAUCAAAAGAAUUAUAAUAAUACAUGGGUGCUUUAAAUGAUAUUACCAAAAAGCUUGAAGAAGAAUAAAUCAAGAAUGAUUAAUUAAAAUAAGAAUUUGAAUAGGAAAAAAAGAGAUUAUAAGAAGAAAAUAGAAGAAAUUAAGAGAUUCUUUAAAGAAAACAUGAAGAAGCAAUUUUGUAUUAAAUUAAAUCUAAUUUAGAUAAUAAACCUAAAGGAUCGAGUAAGAGAUAUUAGAUUAAAGAGGAAAAAUAGUCGAAAUGGAAAUGAUAAAACAAAAGGAAAAGCUCAAGCCAACUAAUAAUUAAUUAAGCGAAGGUAUACUUCAUAUUUAAUUUUUAUUAGAACAAAUUCAAAAUAAGCUAUCAAAAAUUAGUGAGCACUUACAUAAUUAUAGAAGAGCAAUGACUUAAGGUUUAUAAAUCAAAGGUAACAAAUUAAUCGAAUAUAAUUAGAAUGCUUAUUAUCUGAAAUUGGUUAUUUUGAGAAGCAAGCAUAAAUGUAUCCUAUUGACUCAUUGAUGGACACUGCAAUAACAUCCUAUUGAUAAUGAUAAAUAUAUAUCUAAAUGAAAAAGUAUUGAUUAG